AUGAGUCAUGUGUUUGGUGAAAACUCCAAGGUGCUGCGGUCUGGCAGUCUCUCAGGGAGAGUGGCCCGUUGUGGCCACAGCGGCUCCACUGAGAGGCUGGACACUGCCCAGGCUAGUUGUCUCAAUAGACAGCAGCUCCUGACAACCAUCCGCCAGUUGCAGCAGCUGCUGAAGGGCCAGGAGACCCGCUUUGCUGAAGGCAUCCGAAACAUGAAGAGCCGGCUGGCUGCGCUGCAAAACACCAUUAGUAAAGUGGCCCCAGAUACACCUCCAGUUUCCUGCCCAGCUCUGGAUGCCCCUCCUGAUGGCAGGAAGUUCGGGAGCAAGUACUUAGUGGACCAUGAAGUCCAUUUUACCUGCAACCCUGGGUUCCGAUUGGUUGGUCCCAGCAGUGUGGUAUGUCUUGCCAACGGCACCUGGACUGGAGAAAAGCCCCACUGCAGAGACAUCAGUGAAUGCUCCAGCCAGCCUUGUCACAAUGGGGGAACGUGUGUGGAAGGAGUCAACCAGUACAGAUGCAUCUGCCCUCCAGGAAAAACUGGGAACCGUUGUCAAAACCAGACCCAGCCUGCAUCACAUAAUGCUGGGCAAGAUGGUGAUGAAGCUGUCCCCAGAGCCCCACGUUGCGCGCAGAUGGAGCGGGAGCAGCAUUGCAGCUGCGAGGCGGGAUUCCACCUGAGCAGCACCGCAGCCGGCGACAGCGUCUGCCAGGAUGUGAAUGAGUGUAAGAUCUACGGGCAGGAAGGACGCCCCCGGCUCUGCAUGCAUGCCUGCGUGAACACCCCUGGCUCCUACCGAUGUACCUGCCCUAGUGGAUACCGGAUCAUGGCUGAUGGGAAAAGCUGUGAGGAUGUGGAUGAGUGUGUGGGCUCACUACACAUGUGCCCCCAAGGGACCACAUGCAUCAACACUGGAGGAGGUUUCCAGUGCGUCAGUCCUGAGUGUCCCCAGGGCAGUGGCAACAUCAGCUAUGUGAAGACAUCUCCCUUUCAGUGCGAGCGAAACCCCUGUCCCAUGGAUAGCAGGCCAUGUCGCCACCUGCCCAAGACCAUCUCCUUCCAUUACCUCUCUCUACCUUCCAACCUGAAGACACCCAUCACGCUCUUCCGCAUGGCCACAGCCUCAGUUCCAGGCCAUCCUGGACCCAACAGCCUGCGCUUUGGAAUUGUGGGUGGGAACAGCAGUGGCCACUUUGUGAUGCAACGCUCAGACCGGCAGACAGGGGAGCUCAUCCUGAUACAGACCCUGGAGGGGCCUCAGACUCUGGAAGUAGACGUUGACAUGUCCGAAUAUCUGGAACGCUCCUUCCAGGCCAACCACGUGUCCAAGAUCACCAUCUUUGUGUCUCGCUAUGCCUUCUAA